AUGUGGCUCGCGGCGCAGAGAUGGCGGCUGAUGGCGCCUCCUCGCCACCUUCUCUGGUUCUUCUCCUCCUCGUCGUCGCCGCCGCCGCCGUCGUCGUCUCCGGCGAGAUCGCCGGAGUUCAUCGUGGAGUACCUCAUCGGCGCGUGCGGACUCUCGAGGGACGAGGCGGAGAGGGCGUCCAGGUACAUCUCCCACAUCAAGUCCCUCGAGAAGCCGGAGGCCGUGCUCCGGCUCCUGAGGAAGCAGGGCCUGGAGGACGGGCAGAUCCGGCGCCUGGUGCUAGGGCGCCCCACCGUGCUCGUGGCGGACGCGGAGAAGACUCUGGAGCCGAAGAUCAAGGCCCUGCUGGGGGCCGGAUUUUCCGGCGCGGAUCUCACCAGGUUGAUAUCCAGCAGCGGCGCCGCCAUGGCCCUGCGCAGCGUCUUCGACCGGAUCCAGUUCUGGAGGGGCCUCCUCGGGGACAAUCAGAACCUGCUCAAGGCCAUCGAUCGGAAUCCGCACCUCCUGAGCUUCAGAAUCGACGAGCGGGUCGCCCCCACGCUCGCCUACCUCCGCAGCAUGGGGAUCCCCAAUUCGAAGAUCCUGACGAUCAUGAUGCGGAGCCCCUACCUGGUCACCAGCAAUGUCGACAGAAUCAAAGCCCUAGUCGAUCUAGUGAGCGCCAUGGGGAUCUCCCCCGGGACGGGGAUCUUCGCCCUGGCCCUCUCCAACGUCUCCAACAUCAGCAGAUCCAAUCUGGCCGCUAAGAUCGAGUUCCUGAGGACCUUCGGAUGGUCUCAGGCCGAGCUCCUCCUGGCAUUCCGGCGAUUCCCGAACAUCAUCAACCUCUCCCGGGAGCGGGUACAGGCCACCAUGGAUUUCCUGCUCAAGGAAGCCGGAUGCAGCCCUUCCUACGUCUCUAGCCGCGCUGUGCUUCUGGGACUGAGCUUGCAGAAGAGGUUGAUCCCCCGAUUGGAGGUCCUCCGGUCUCUGAGGAUUCAGGGCCUUCCCGAGGGCGACAGAGAUCUGUACAGCGUCAUGUUGGCGCCGGAGAAGAAGUUCAUCGACAAGUUCAUCCUCCCGAACAGCCAGAAGCUCCCCGAGCUGCUUGAAUUCUACCUCACUGCCACUGCGAAGACGACGACGAGCUGA